AUGAAUCUUCUGUACUUCUUCUCGUGCCCUAUGACGAUCCCAAAUCCAACCCUUUCCGCACCGUUCUACCACAAAUGGCAGUCAGGAAUGACCAUCUCCUCAGCUUGCUUCUGGCAUAUUCAGGCAACUGCUCAUCGAGCAAGGCUUCUGGGCCAAAAAGAGCCACAGAUGAGAAUCGCUCUUUGGGUUCAGGACAUCUUUCCGGCCCUGCGACAGGCCCUUAGCGACAGGGAGCAAAUCAUCUCAAACACGAGCCUGGCGACCGCCAUCAUGCUCGCGUCACUUGAGAUCAUCUCUCCCACGGCGUUCGGCUACGACAUACCCUGGCAGCGGCAUCUUAGCCUAGCCCGGGACCUUAUGUGGAGGCGGUUGGCCGACCUACGCAGGACAGCGCAUAGAGUGGAAGAGGACCGUGUAUGUGCCUUCCUUUGGAGCUGGUUCGCAUAUUUGGACAUCCUGGGAUGUCUAAGCGGCGGGACGCCCGACGAGGAUUCGUCAAGGUUCUGGCUGCUCGAGUACAUGAUGCACGGCGCCAGCGACGACCGGUAUGAGAUUGACUGCAUCAUGGGAUUCACUACCAGCUGCGUACAGAUCUUGGCGCAAAUCGCCGAUCUGGCCCGCCGCUGUGACGAGCAACGCCUCACCUCAAGUACUCCUUCGCCGCCCAUCUGGACGCCCGGUACCGCGUUCGUUCAACGGGCAAAGCUGCUCGAACAGGAGCUAUUGUACAGCAUGAAUGAGCCAUCGCUUCCGUGCAAACACAUACAGAGCGUUGGGGCAGGGGACAGACAGGCGAUGGUUCUCAUGAACGAAGCCUUCCACUGGGCCGGGCUCAUCCACCUGCACAGGCGCGUCCUUAGCAAGCCAUCUGGACACGCGGACGUUCAGGAGGCAGUGCGAAGCAUCAUCGUGUGCCUGGAAUCCAUACAACCCGGAGGAUCCGCCGAGACGGGGUUCUUGUUCCCGAUGUUCACGGCCGGGUGCAACGCGCUGCAUGAAGACCAGCGGAGCAAGAUAUUGGAGAGAUUCAAGAGCGUAGAGACUAACGGAAUGACACAGGCACGUGUGCUCCUCCAUAUACUGUUGUCUUUUCAAGCUGACGUUUGGGUCUAG